AUCUAUUCUGUCAUAAUCGGCCUCACGUAUAUAGGUAAAAAAUUCGGACACGAUAGGAACGAAUCGUUACGAAUAACCGAUAAUAGAAGAUAAUAUCAGUAAUUUUACUAAGUUUGAUGCAACUGGUCGCAAGGACACACGCGAUGUUGACAAAAAUAUAUAGUGUUUUAAGAUUCAUUGGCUUAGGAAAGCUUGUUAUUUUGAUCGUAGUUAUAUACAUUUUGUCACUUAUACAAAUAUACAGUGCGAAAUUACGAGAAAUAAGGACAACCUCGCAUUACAUAUCGUACGUUAACAACAAAGAGAUAAAGUACAUACUCCAAUGGACUCGACGUUUCAGUGCGCCAUUCGACUUCAUGGGAGAAGGAAAUUCUGCGUUCAUCAAAAACGAAUGUGUGUACAACAAUUGUUUUGUGACAGACGACAACAAUUAUUUUUUGAAUCACUCUGAAUUCGACGCGAUCGCUUUUAAUGGACGCGAUGUUGAACAUCUUUGGCUUCUGCCGACGGAUCGCUCCCCAAAACAGAAAUACAUUUUCGGUGCAAUGGAAUCGCCCGACAAUUUCCCAGUCUGCAAUCCAAUUUAUGACGGUUUUUUCAAUUGGACUUGGACGUACAAAUUAGAUUCGGAUUUUCGUUUCGGCUAUAUCACUAUUUACGAUCUGAAUGGCACCGUUGUGGGUCCGUCUGUCAAUAUGAAGUGGCCGGAAAAGUUAGAUCCUAUCAGUGUUGAAUUGAAAAGGAGUUUGUCAAAAAAAAAGAAGGCAGCCGCCUGGUUUGUAUCGAAUUGUAAUUCCAAAGGCAGAAGAGAAAUGUUCGUGAAUUCCGUUCAACAAGAACUUAAAAAAUAUAGUCUGUCAAUAGACGUGUACGGUGCCUGUGGCACUUUCAGUUGUCCAAAGACUAAAGCUAAAGCGUGUUUUGAUUUAGUAAAAAGUGAUUAUUACUUUUACUUUUCUUUGGAGAAUUCUUUCUCCGAGGAUUACGUGACUGAGAAAUUGUUGACGGCUUUGAACAACAAUGCAAUACCAGUGGUGUUCGGCGCUGCAGAUUACACAAGAUUUCUGCCGCCCGGGAGCUAUCUGGACGGUUUGUUGUUGGGUCCAAGAGUUUUGGCAGAAAAAAUGAAUGAAAUAAUCACGAACAGAACAUUGUUCUACGACUAUUUCCGUUGGAGGAACCACUUCGUUUACAAGGAAACUUCGUCCAAAGAAGAUAUUUGUAAAUUGUGUGAGAUGUUGAACAACGAAGAGAAAGUUUCGGAAAUUAGUGAAUGGCCCGACUUUAGGAGGUGGUGGAACGGAGAGAGAUAUAGAGACAAUUGUUAAUAUUAUUUGUUAGUGUAAGUUUUAAAAUUGUACAUAAUCGUGCAUAAUUUUGUAAUUUAAUACUUCAUAUAAAUAUUCGUCCCAUUUGAAAUAAGGGCUCUUUUUCGAAUGCUCUUUUAAUAUUAUAUAUUUUUUACUAAAAUUCGAAUUAUAUUAGCCUAAAAUAUAGGUCUAUAAAAUGACCGAUACUUUCCUAAUUUAACUGCUAUCACCGGAAGCCCAAAAAAAAAACAAAUUUUGACAAAUUAAUAGUUUUAAUUGAAGAAGAUUCAUAACUUUAAACCGACUCAUAAAGUUAUAGAAAAUAAUUAUUGUUACUAUGAUUUUAACAUUCCACUUUUAACAUUCUUAUUGGUUAACUUAAAUCAACUGUGUGGGUAUUGUUCUCGAGACGACUGACAAUUGAUAAACUCACAGAACAAACGAAAGAUUCUGUGUGAUGCUUUGCUUUAAACACAGAAUGCUUAUUUUUAACUUAAAGUUUGGAAUAUCAACGCAAUUGUGCCGUGAGAACUGUCCGGACGCAAGUAACAGAUUUAACGUCAGUCAAACCGUACGAGGCUUAGUAUACGGAUAACGAAACACUUUAAAGUUGACAUUUUGAAACUAAGUUUUGCUACAUUUUAACCUUGUUAGUAUGACAUUUAUUUUUUGUUUUAUAAAGCAAUUUAAUAUAUAACAUAUGAUUCAUUUAAAAGAUAUAAAAUAUCUUUAAUUUAGAUACUAUACAUGUAUUUAAUUACACUCUGUACAUAUAACAUUAAUUUAGUUGACUUUAUAAGAUAUUUCCUCCGCCGUUUAGUUUUUAUUUUCUGAAUAAAAUCAAAAAUAACACAACUUAUAUUAAUAAUACAAAUGUUUGGGAUUACGUAUGGGUGUUUGUUGCUGUUUGACUCAAAAACUACUCGAUUGAUUUUUAUUAAACUUUACAUUAACAUAGCUUAGAUAUCGAAAUGAGAUAUAGACUAUAAUUUAUCCUUGUAUUCUAUAUUUUGUAUGAAAAACCGAGAUGCAGAUUAUAUAUGACUAAUGCUUUGAACCUAAUCUGAAGUUCACGUAGACAAAACCACGAGCAAAAACUAGUGAACCUUAAAUUAAACGCUUUUAAUAUAUUUAUAGUUUUACUGAUGCUUAUUAACCUUAUCUAAAAAUUCAAAAAAAUAAUAAUUUAUGUUAUUGGUAUAUAAUUAAUACAAUCUAAUCAAAAAUGUUGCAAACAUGAAAAUUAAAUAAUGG